AUGGCCUAUAGCCGAUUUCGUGAGUUGCAUGUUGACUUUUUGGACGAGGAAGGGCACCCUGAAGAGGGUCACCAGCCCGCCUUCCAUGACCAAGAUGGGGCUCCGUUGUUUGAAGCUCCCGAAUUCGCUCUUUUGCAUACGGUUUUCGCACAGAAUGACGUUAAAUCUCUCCAUUUAUACAACGACAACCCCCAUAUGACGAUAUUCCAGGACUUGGGCAGUGAUGCAUACUGGCAGUGGUGCUAUCAUCCGUUCGUCCAAGCCGCCAUACUCAAUGGUUUCGACGCGCUCCACGCCUUGCUGGAUAUUUACGUGGCGAAUCCGACGCUUACUGAGCCACUUGACCAGUAUCUAGCCCACAUUCCCAUAUCUCUUAUGAAUUUGGCCUGUCGAGGUGCAAACCGUGGUAUAGUGCAGCGCCUACUAAGCCAUGAUCCACUGUUGGGGGAUUUGCACGCCCGGGAGGAUGAUUCUAGUGAGACACCCCUUUUCAGUGCGGCCAAAUCAAUGAGAAUUGAAAAUGAGGGCCGGAUCAAGCAUGAUAGCCGCGAGAAACUUGCCUAG